AUGUUUCAGGAAGUGCUUCAAAGAUCAUCAGAAGAUGUAUUUCCAACCAUGGAAAGUCCAGUUGAAGAGAUGGAUACCUCUGAUACCCAGUGGGGCUGGUUUUAUUUGGCUGAGUGUGGUAAAUGGCAUAUGUUUCAGACCGAUUCAAACAGUCAUUGCUCUAUUAGCAGUGAAGACAUUGAGAGGAGCUUCCGAAAAAACCCACACGGUUCUCUGACUUUUACAACUGCAAAGUUUAACUACACACUAGAUUUUUCUGUGAUGAAACAAACCAACCUAACUACACGGAAACAACGUCCGAUAAAGCGAGCUCCCUUUUCUGUCAAUGCAUUCAGUUUCAUCUGUGAAAAUGAGGCUAUCCCUAUGCCUUCACACUGGGAGAAUGUAAAUACUGAGGAGCCAUACCAGCUUAUUCCAUUGCAAAAGAAAACAAAUGAAUAUAAUGAAGUUUCUAGUCUCUUUGGAAAAACAAUGGAUAGCCACCGAAUUAAAAGAAUUAAGAGAAUACAAAAUCUAGACUUGUGGGAGUUUUUUUGCAGGAAAAAAGCUCAACUGAAGAAGAAAAGAGGUGUCCCGACGAUUAAUGAGCAGAUGCUAUUUCAUGGCACCAGUAAUGAAUUUGUAGAAGCAAUAUGUAUUCAUAACUUCGACUGGAGGAUAAAUGGGAUGCAUGCUGCCGUGUAUGGAAAAGGGACCUAUUUCGCAAGAGAUGCAUCAUAUUCCAGCCACUUCUGCAAAGAGAGCAUGAAGCAUGGAGAUACUUUUCAGAUUCAUGGCGUGAACCUGCAGCCCCAUCUGCAUAGACCAGAUAAAGUCAUGUUUCUUGCUCGCGUAUUAACUGGUGACUAUAUUGGCGGUGACUCAAAGUACAUGAGGCCUCCUUCAAAAGAUGGAAGUUUUGUGAACCUGUAUGACAGCUGUGUGGAUAAUACCUGGAACCCAAAGAUUUUUGUCAUCUUUGAUGCCAACCAAAUCUACCCUGAGUACUUAAUAGAAUUUUGUUAA